AUUUCCCUCCUCUUCGUUCGUCUGCAAGCGUAUUGGAAAAAACAGCACACAAGCCGUUUCCGGUUUCAAACCGGAAGUCGGAAGCGCUUCGGCGAUUGGGGAUUCCCUCUGUUCUUCUUCACCCCCCCCUUCGGCUUCUCUCGCAGAUACUGAUGCAGAACCCUGAGAACCAACCCUGUGAGAUGUUUCGCUUGAACCAGAGGUAGAAGAGUCAGCUGCGGAAAGUAACAGAUAAAUUCAUGUGUCCUCCUCAAAAAAUGGAGAAAUUCAGAGACAAGACUGUAGAUGAACUAAAAGAGCUGCAACAGAAUUUGGAGGAGAUUGAGCAUUUGGCACUGGAGUCUGAUGAGGUCCAGGAUGCACAGCUGCAAAGGGAGAUGGCGCUGGCCACAAAUCGGAGCCUAGCGGAGCAGAACUUGAAGUUCCAAGAACCCCUAGAAACAGGACGUGCAAACCUCUCUGACAAAUACCAGGAUCUGCAAAAGCUGGUGGAGCGAUGCCAGGAGCAGAAGGCAAAACUGGAGAAAUUCUCAGCAGUGAUGCAGCCCGGCACCCUGUUAAAUCUUCUGCAAGUAGAAGGACAGAAAAUUGAAGAAGAGUCUGAGAUAAUGGCUGAAAAGUUCUUGGAAGGUGAAGUGCCUCUGGAGACAUUCCUUGAGCAGUUUUCCUCAAUGAGGAAGUUGUCCCAUCUACGGCGGGUGAAAGUGGAGAAACUUCAGGAGGUGCUGAGGAAACCUCAGUCUUCACAAGAGCAAGCCAGGGGCCCUGAGUUCAACCACCAGCACCCAUCCCAUGUACCCUCUGGGCCUGCAAACCAGCAGCCACGGAAUGGCCCAGCUGGGGGCCCACCCUUUCCUUUACCUUACAGUGUAGCUCCUUGUAUGCCUACUGGCCCCUCAGCUCAUGGAGCUCUCCAACCAGCUCCUUUUCCAGGAAUGCCUGUUAUAAUGGGACAUGUUAGCUCCUCUCAGCCAAGUAUCCCACCCUCAUUUCCUUAUAACCCACCCUCAGGUCCUGGAUACCCACCUGCCUCUUCUGGUGGCUCAGUAUCCCGAUCUCAGACAGCCGACUCCUCUUCAUCUUCCAGGUACACUUGGUCUCCAUCUAGAGCACCUCCUCCUGGACCAACAUACCCCCAGCCCCCUCCUGGACCAAGAUACCCACAACUUCCUCCAUCUACACAACCAGGGUUCCCUCAGCCUCAGCAGCCUCCAUAUUUUCCACCGGGGGGAAAUCCACAGUGCCCAUAUCCCCCCCAGCCUCCAGUGCCUAGCUUCCCCAUUACUUCCCAGCCUCCAUAUCCCACAGGCCCUUCCUUUGGGUAUCCACCACCAUCACUGCCCCCUCGGGGCCCUUCUUGGCCAGGAUACUAGUUGGAGUUCCCAGAGGGUAUUCUUUGUUGUCCUUUUCUACAUAGUAACCUGAGAAAUUUGAUUCUUGCUAGCUAUUGGAGCCCAAGCUGCAAGCUUGGGAGUGUCAUCUGGAGAGACAAACUUCUGUAAGCAUUAUACUAAUGGCACGCAUGAUUUGAUGCUAUAGGAAUGGAAGAGGAAUGUUUCUGAUGGAGAGUUUAGCUCAUGAAUAUCAGCAUGCAUUGACUAUGGGCCGCCUUCAGUGGCCAGCUAUACUGUCCAAUCGAUGAGUCAAAGCCAUAGUAUAACAUACAUUUACUGGCCCAGAUUCUUAGCUGAUGUAAACUGGCAUUGUUACAAUUGAAUCACUUCAGUCAUAUUUAUUGACAGCUGCUUGGAUCUGGCCCUGCGUGUGUGCGUGUGUGUAGUUUUUUUAUUCUAGUAUGUUCAGAUUAUAUAUAAAAAGGAUUCUAUACACUUAUAUUUCCACAGAACUCAUGUGAGUGAUAGGGAGAAAUUGUCAAGCAUUUUUGACUGAAAACACAUACUUUGCAGGGAAGGAGGAAAUAUGUGUUUUUCUUGGCACUAAAAAAAUACUAGAAAAGAAGUCCUUGAUAUGUCUCAGAAUAGCUAACAAAACAGAGAAGCAAACCAUGUCUGUCCUGCUCUCUGCUCCUAUUAUGUGUCCAUCCAUCUGUCCAUGCUGGACAUUUCCUUAGAGCAUAGUUGUCUUGCAUGUACUUCCUAUUAGUGUAUUGCCACCAUUUCUAGGCAUCUCAUGGCUUAUUUUAUUUACACCAUCCCCACUGAACAUAUACACAGAGGGUACAUAAUUUUAGGUGUGUGGAAGAUGUGAAGGAUAGAGAAUCUUGGAACUGUUUGUUGAAGGCGGGACAGGAGGGUUGACAUACAGAAAGCCAGAUAACUAUGCAUUUUUAUACAAGGGAGCAAUGGACAAAAUAACAACAUCCCUAUUUCCAUUGAGGAGUGUGGUAUGCUUCACUGAAGAUCGUAAACAUCACGACUGCCAACAGAUUCUGCUCUUUUUUGCUAAUGAUGUCUGAGUGUAAUGGGCGGAACUUUAACAAUUGAUACAAAGAAGCAGUGGCUACCAAUGGAGAGAACAGAGGGACACUAAUGGAAAUCAAAUUGGCUUUGCUAAGCACUUUAUCCUCUUGCUUGCCUGUAAUUUAUUUAUGGAAAAAAUAGACUACUAAUAGACUAGACCAGGUUGAAUGCUUUUGGAAUUUGAUGGAAGCAAUUCCAUAUCUGUGAUUAAUUAUGGUAAUAAAACUUGAUGAAUUGCAAACAGGUUCAUGAUUAUGACUUUGGAAAUGAAGUGGUGGCUAGUUGAAAUUUGUUAUUGAUCCUUUUUUCUUGCUUGCUAAACACCUUCCCCUUGACUUACCUUGAUUUGUGUCAGUAAGACCUUUCACUUGUCAUCUCACAAAGUCAUGGACUUUUAAUACUAUCUGACCUCCCUCCCCUGUCUGUACCCUACUUAAGAGAUCCAUUUGUGCAACUUUCCUCCCCAUGGACCAAUAAACACUACCCUUCUCAGCA